AUGGAUAGGGAGUUUUAUGAAAAGAAAAUAUAUGACCUACUGGAGGACUAUGUUACAUACGAGCGGCUAGCACACAACCCGAUGGCACGUAUCAUCAAUGAAGUGCAUGACAAUGUAGACCUCUUAAAAACACGACACAUAAUCAGUGAGUCAUUGGCUGACUAUCUCAAACCUCAUGAUAACUGUAGAACUCCGUUAUUUUAUGGCCUUCCAAAGGUACACAAGACUGACGUACCAUUAAGACCGAUUGUUUCAGGGUGUGGUGGCCCAACUGAUAAACUCGCCAAAUAUGCAUCCAAAUAUUUACAAAGUUUAGUGGAAACACUACCAGCCUAUCUUAGAGAUAGCACCCACCUCAUACAACUACUAAAACAGGAACAUAUGUCUACGGAGGAUUAUCUAAUGGUCACAGCAGAUGUCACCUCACUGUACACCAAUAUUCCUCAUGAAGAUGGCAUAGAGGCAGUGAGAUAUCAUCUCCAACAGAAUCCCAACCACAAGUUUCCAACUGACCUGCCACCCAUUCCACCUACGUCCUACUUCACCCUCAUAGUACGUACCAUCCUAGAAAAUAGCACCUUCCAGUUUGGAGAACAACACUUCCACCAGAGGUAUGGAACGGCCAUGGGUUCGAGGAUAGCGCCACCGUAUGCUAAUUUGUUUAUGGGAAUUCUGGACACUGAAAUUACAAACAACUUCCCAAACAAUAUAAAGUUCUAUAAAAGAUUCAUUGAUGAUCUCUUUUUUAUUUUCAAUGGGACGGCGGAAGAACUCGAGAGAAUUCAAAUUUUCAUGAAUGGGCUGCACAAUAGCAUAAAAUUUACCUUCAGAAGUUCGCCAUACACAAUUGACUUCCUAGAUCUCACAAUUUCAAAGGACUCGAGGGGAAUGCUAUGUACCAAACUAUACAGGAAGCCAACGGACACCAUGAGUCUGUUACACUUUGAGUCUAGCCAUCCAAGACAUCAAAAACUUGGUCUCAUUUAUGGGCAGACGUUAAGGUUCAAUAGGCUUACCACACGUAAUGAUGACUUGAAAAAGGAACUGGAAGUCCUAGCCAGAACGCUGGUGCUGAAAGGUUACCCGCUAUCGGUGAUUAACUUUCAAAUACAAAAAGCCUUAAGCCAUAGCCAAGAAGAGCUCGUAAGAAAGUCAAUACAGUCCAACGAAGAGGUUGACAGGGGGUUGACUCAGAGAAUACCGAUCGUCUUACCCAAUGACCCCAUAGGAAGAAGGUUACACAGUGUCAUAGCAAAACACUGGAACAUUGUGGAACACGAUCCGUUUCUCAAAAGGGUCUUUCCACAAAUGCCUCUUCAUGCUUAUACCAACCACAAGUCUCUGAAGGAUCGCUUGAUUAGCACCAGGUUCACAACAACUGACCAUAAUUUGUUAUAA